AUGUCGGGUUAUACUAAAUUCAUGAAGGACUUGGUCAUUAAGAAGAAGAAUAUUAAUUUUGAUAUCAUCAAGGUCACCCACCAAUGUAGUGCAAUCAUCUCACAAACUGGGGUUAAGAAGAUGGAAGACCCAGGGGCUUUCGCUAUUCCUUGUGCUAUUGGGUUGACAAGCUUUGCAAAAGCUUUGUGUGAUUCAGGGGCAAGUAACCACUUGAUGCCUUAUGCCGUUUUCAAGAAGUUGGUCUUGGGUGGUCCAAGGCCUACAUCAAUGAAGUUAUUAAUGGCGGAUCGCACUUUGAAGAGACUAUUGGGCGUUAUUUAUGAUAUCUUGUCAAAGUGGAUCAUGGUAGAUGAGCAUAUGCAAGACAUUUAUAUGGAUGAAGCUUUGCAUACUGUUCUACUCAAUUCGGAGAAUGAUUCAAUUGAGGGUUACAUUGAAGCCGUAAUGGCUUUGUAA